AUGCUCAUUCUGUACUUAAAUCUGGUGUUGGGAAACAUUAAUGUCACUCUGCUAAGUGAGCAAGCCAAGUUUGCCUACAAAGACGAAUACGAAAAGUUCAAACUCUAUUUAACCAUCAUCUUGUUGCUUGGAGCAGUUGCUUGUCGCUUUGUUCUCCAUUAUCGGGUCACCGAUGAAGUGUUCAACUUCCUCUUGGUUUGGUAUUUCUGCACGCUGACGAUAAGAGAAAGCAUCCUCAUCAGCAACGGGUCAAGGAUUAAAGGCUGGUGGGUGUCUCAUCAUUACAUUUCUACGUUCUUAUCUGGCGUGAUGCUAACAUGGCCAGAGGGACUCAUGUACCAAAUGUUCCGGAACCAGUUUUUAUCUUUCUCCAUUUUUCAGAGCUGUGUCCAGUUCCUUCAAUAUUAUUACCAAAGCGGUUGCCUUUAUCGACUUCGUGCACUGGGCAAAAGAAAUCACUUGGAUCUCACAGUAGAAGGGUUUCAAUCGUGGAUGUGGCGAGGACUGACGUUUCUCCUCCCUUUUCUGUUCUUUGGACAGUUUUGGCAGCUCUACAACGCGAUCACCCUUUUCGAACUGUCGAGGCACGAGAAAUGUAAAGAAUGGCAGGUUUCGGUCCUGGCUCUGACAUUUCUGAUCCUCUUCCUCGGAAACUUCCUCACCACGCUGAAAGUGGUCCAUACAAAAUUGCAGAAGAACAAAACCAAGAAGCUGUGAAAGAGGACGACUGAAGUGGCGGGCAGGGCCAGUCAACAUGGGAUGGAGUCCUGGUUCGGGGUGGCCUUCUCUGCAUGUGUUCCAACCAGUUCUCCAGCUUCCUGGCCGGCCCACCGCUAAGAGAAUCCCUGGAGGAAAUUCCACUCGACGUCCUGUGGUGUCCUCCAGAACUGACUCGAUUAGUCAAUGCUGCUGUCUUCCCACCAAUGAAUGACCUGUU